CCCGACACCCACUACUUGUGUUCUUGUGCACAUCUCUCCCUCUCUCUCUCUCUCUCUACACUUCAUCUUCAAAGCUCCAUUAUCUCUAUUGCCAUUACUUGUCUCUAGAAAUUGUUCUGAUAUCAUUUGUCUUCGAAGUUCUACUACGUUUUGUUUUGCUGAUAUAUACACAUUUAUAAAUUCCUUCUUAUUUGUCUUCAGAUUGAGUUUCGAUCGAUUCUCAGUACCUCUUAAUUUUUAAGAACUUCCUCGAUCUCAAUUAUCCAUUCACCUUUUUGUCGUAGUACUACUGCAUCAUUAAUCAACAUGUCAAGCCGAAGGUCUCGAUCGAGGCAAUCAGGUGGCUCCAGGCCGAUCACUGAUGAUCAAAUUAAUGAUCUUGUUUCAAAGUUGCAACAGCUUCUUCCUGAGAUUCGUGAAAGGCGCUCUGACAAGGUUUCAGCAGCCAAUGUGUUACAGGAGACAUGCAACUAUAUCAGAAGCUUGCAUAGAGAGGUUGACGAUCUGAGUGAGCGACUGUCUGGGCUAUUGGAAAGUAGUGACACUGCCCAAGCUGCGAUUAUUAGGAAUUUACUUAUGCAGUAGUAGUACGUACGAAUAAGUAUGUAAUUAGCUAGGGGGUUCCCAGCUUAUGCCCACAGAUCGCUUGGCCUGACGGCCGGCUGCCAGCUUUCUCUUUUGUAGUAGUACUCCUAGUCUCCUCAAAAAGAUCACUAAACUGAUCAUCAUCAUCAU